AUGGCUUCAUUGACCAAGUUGAUGCGAGAGUACAAGCUCGUCAUUUUCGGCGGUGGCGGUGUCGGUAAAUCGUGCUUGACCAUUCAGUUAAUCCAAAACCGUUUCGCCGAUGAAUAUGAUCCUACAAUUGAAGAUGCCUACCAAAAGCGGUGUAUUAUAGAUGAUGAGGUCUCCCUCCUCGACAUCCUCGAUACCGCCGGCCAGGAGGAGUACAGCGCUCUACGAGAUCAGUACCUGCAAACCGGCGAAGGUGUUCUGCUGGUCUAUUCCAUCACAUCCCGACAAAGUUUUGAGGAAAUUAGUACUUUCCAGCAACAAGUUUUGCGAGUCAAGGAUAGAGACUAUUUCCCCAUGGUCGUUGUUGGCAAUAAGUGCGAUUUAGAGGGCAGACGAGAAGUUACGCAACAAGAGGGCGAGGCACUUGCGAAGGCUUUCAGCUGUAAGUUCAUCGAGACAUCAGCCAAGGCCCGAAUCAAUGUCGAAAAGGCUUUCUACGAUCUUGUGCGAGAGAUUCGGAGAUACAACCGAGAGAUGCAAAGUUCAUCGACUGGUGCCGGCGGCAGAAACGGCCCUCUCAAGCCCAUUGAUAUUGAUGAUGGAGAUCAACAAGCUGGAUGUUGCUCCAAGUGUGUGGUAAUGUAA